CCCUUAGAAAUUCAAAAACCUGAUGAUAAAUUUCUCGCGCCAUCGACCAUUCUCUCUCUUCUUCUCAUCUUCUUCUUCUCUCUCUCUCUAACGCAAGGUGCGCACAGAAAACACUCUUCUCAAAAAUGGCGGACUUUCCUCACCUCGAGAAAAUGGGCAGAGAACUCAAGUGCCCCAUCUGCUUGAGUCUCUUGAAAUCUGCAGUUUCACUCACAUGUAACCAUGUAUUUUGCAAUUUAUGUAUUGAGAAAUCUAUGAAAUCAGAUUCCAGUUGUCCAGUUUGUAAGGUUCCAUAUCGUCGCAGAGAGGUUCGCCCUGCUCCUCAUAUGGAUAACCUGGUUAGCAUUUACAAGAGCAUGGAAAUUGCUUCCGGGGUCAAUAUAUUUGUCACUCAGACUGUACCUUCAAUCAAAUUAGCAGAGGAAGAUAACCAACUUGAAGGUGGUAAGAUUUGUGAACAAGAGAGUGGUAGAACUUGCCAAGACACACCAAAGAAUCGAAGAAGAUUCAAAGGAAAGCAGCCGAAAAAGUCAUUAAAGACUAACCAAGAAAGUUCAAAUACAGAUCCUGUGAAACCAUCCUUUCCAACAAAGAAAAGGGUCCAGCUUCCACAAUUUCCUCCUUCAGCAUCUCCAAUAAGACCUGCAAUGUUUGGAAGUGGAUUGGGUGAGAAUACCAAAAAUCAACCAGAGAAAAGUUCAGUUGUACUUAAGGAAAAACGUGCUGUAAAUGAAAAGGGAGAAGCGGUCUUUACUCCAUUUUUCUGGUUAAGAGAUGAAGAGGAUGUAGAAAAAUUAAGUCAGCAGACGGAUGGGGGUCAUAACCUGGAUACACCACCAAACGCUCCUUGUUUUAGUGAUAUCAAGGACUCGGAUGAUGAAAUCCCCUCUGGAAUAGCCCCAAAAGAGGGAACGAACAUUGCAUUGAAUGAUGCUAAUUACUUCGAUAGUGAGAUGUUUGAGUGGACACAAAGGCCUUGCUCUCCUGAACUCUGUUCAAGCCCCAUAAAUUUACAGGUUGCAGAUACUGAUGAAUUUAAUGGAAUUCAGGAAAAGGAAUGCAAAGCAUCCUCACAAGGUGCUGUGAUUAAUGGGGAAAUCAGAAUUGAAAAGUCAGAAAAUGCGGUUUCCAAACCAAGGACUGACAAUGUGGAAGGAAGCUUAAUUGCAUUGUCCUUGCCAAGAACGGAAAAUAUAAACACUGGAGAUAGAAUGAAAAAAUCUAAGAAGAGAGGUAGGAAGGCGAGUGAAAUAACCAAAAAGAAACAAACCAAAAGUACUAUGAGUGAAGUUCUUGGAGUCCCAGUUGAAUCACAGAAAGUGGCUGAAAAUAGUAUUCUUAAGCAGAAUUUGUUAAAUUUGAACACUAGAACCCAUAAGAGGGACAAGAAGGUUAUGUUUGACAUUAGUGCCAUAGAACUUGUACCAGAAAACAUUUCUGUUUUAGAUGUUGAAGCAAGUCCUCUGAAUCAGGAUAAUGAUACUGUGGUCACUGACUUGCCAGCUUCAUCAGAUAAGAAAGAAAGCAGUAAUAAGAGCAUUGGUCGGCGGAGAGAUCAGCCUAAAAGAUUGAAAACCCACAACCUAGGUUCAUCUAAGAAUAACAUAACACAAAACCAAAGUAAGGAGGAUUUUAUAUCCCAAUUAUCCAGUAUAUAUCUUCCUCUAGCUGUUAAAAAGAAUGUUCCUGAUUUGGGUGUGAAAACCAGCAAAAGCGAAAUUAAGACCACAACGAAUCCAAAAUGUGAUCAAGAUAUGAGAAGGUCAAAAAAGCAAAAAAUCUACACUGAUGAAAUCUCGAAGGAUAAUAAGUUGGUUGAUGCUGCUUUGGAUGGUUGUAACGAGGUUACUGUCAAGAAAACUCAACUCUCUGGAAAGGUUCAAGGUAAUUCUGAAGUCUUGCAGGGCAUUUCGGUGACAGAGAAGUCUCUUCGUGCUUCUGAAGGAGUGGUAUUUUAUAAAUGUGAUACUGAUCCUCAUAAAGUCCAGUGUGCUUUCUGUCGUUCUACAAAAGACUCUGAGGUCUCAGGAAUCAUGGUUCACUACCUCAAUGGCAAGCCUGUUUCAGCAGAUUACAAUGGUGGAUCAAAGGUCAUACACGCACAUAAGAAUUGCACAGAAUGGGCUCCUAAUGUAUAUUUUGAAGAUGAUAAUGCCAUCAACCUUGAAGCUGAAUUAGCAAGAAGCCGGAGGAUUAAAUGCUGUUGCUGCGACAUCAAAGGGGCAGCUCUUGGAUGUUAUGAGAAAAGUUGCCGCAAGAGCUUCCAUGUUCCUUGUGCAAAGUUGAUCCCACAAUGUCGGUGGGAUAAUGAUAACUUUGUCAUGUUAUGUCCUCUACAUGCCUCUUCUAAACUUCCUAAUGAGAAAUCUGGAACUCAGAUAAAAAGGAAAAAGAAAUGCAUUCCAAAAGGACCAUCCCCAAGCUACCAACCAGAAGUUGCUGUUAAACAUGCCAGUAGCACUUGUAAGCAUUGGAGCUCUCAUGGAUCAUCCGAAAGAAUGGUCCUAUGUUGUUCAGCUCUCGCAAAUGCAGAGAGGGAAAUUGUUUCUGAGUUUGAGAGAUCAUCAAAAGUUAUGGUAUUGAAAAACUGGGAUUCCAGUGUCACCCAUGUCAUUGCAUCUACGGACGAGAAUGGAGCCUGCAGAAGAACCCUCAAAGUUUUGAUGGGAAUCUUAGAGGGGAAGUGGAUACUGAAUAUUGAAUGGAUUAAGGCUAGCAUGAAAGCCAUGGAACCUGUUGAUGAACAGCUAUAUGAAAUUGGUGUUGACAUUCAUGGAAUCAAGGAUGGUCCUCGACUUGGAAGAUUAAGAGUUCUAAACAAGCAACCAAAGCUCUUUAAUGGGUUCAAGUUUUAUUUUGCUGGAGAUUUUGUUACUUCAUACAAGGGGUACUUACAUGAUCUCAUAACUGCGGCUGGAGGGACUGUUCUACAAAGGAAACCUAUUCCAAGUGGUCAUGAAUCCCUGUCAACAUUCAUCAUUUACAGCCGUGAGCUACCCGAUAAGUGUGAUCCCAGCAAGAGAAAUUUGAUUUUCAACACGAGGCAGUCAGAUGCAAAAGCUCUAGCAAGUUCCACUGGAGCCACAGUGGCCAGCAACUCAUGGGUUUUGAACUCCAUUGCAGCCUGCAAGCUGCAAAAUCUUGCAGAAUGAUCCUGUUUCAUGUUUUCAUUGUUCUGUACUGUAAUAACAGUAAGUUUUGCUUGCAUUUGAUAUUUAUAAAGUUCAUUUUAACUAUCAAAAUUGCAAGUUUGGUUAUGUGUAAAUUGUUAAUUACUUCAGACAAAGCAAGGUGUUUAUAAAGUUCUUUGAUUGUUGGUAAAAAUGGAUCUGUCAAAAUCAGAACUCUGCUGCCGAAAUUUUGUGGGUUUUUUUGGUUUUGUUUGCUCCAAGCCCAAAAGCUUUGUUUAUGUUGAAUUUGUGGACCCUGAUUAGUAUUGUACAUUUCAUUAUGUGAAAUUUGAUGUAAAUCCUGAUAUAUAUUGUUGUUUA